CAACUGAUGUCAACCGUUUGAUUGAUGGCUUCAGCCCCUUGGUGCAUGUGCUCCUGAACCCUCAAGGGGCCGAGGGAGAUCCGCGACGCAGUAUAACGGGGACGCAACCAUGACGGAAGCUUUUCUCCCCGACUUGUCGGUAUCACCUUUCCUCUCUCUCCCUUCGAUUUCAGCCUGUCCGCCUACAGUCAGCGUGUGCAUGUACAUAUCCGCCGUGUGCUAUUAAACAGAGUCGACGAUGUGCCAUACCUCUCCGCCAACCUUGCUUUCCUGGGCUGUCCUCUCCGUUCUGCUAGGAGCAUUUCUCCUCUUUCACCUCUGGAGGUUUGACCGGUUCAGGUGUCUGCGCUGGAAUAAUGGGCCCUACUCUGGCGCAUUCAAGCGGAUCAUGACCUACACGUACUUGACGAGCAUACCAUUAUUGGUUAUAUAUUCCGUCGGCUUCUGUGCCCUCAAGUAUAAGCAAGGUUAUGUUGACGUCGCAUUCUAUGGAAUCAUCCCGACACCAUAUGAGUUGUGGCCGGAGAAAGAUCAGCGAUGGAUCUUUCCGCUCUAUAUGCUGUUUUCGUUCGCAUGGGGAUUGGAGAUGGUUACGCAUCUAGAAGAGCUUUGCUUCUGGCUUUUCCUCGUGAAUGCCAGUUCUGUCCAGCAGGACUGGUUUCGCAGUGCGUACUUCAAGAUAUGGGCGGGCGGUUCUAUCGUGGCGGUCAUAUACAUGCCCAUCAUUACCAUUGUCGCGCGCCACGAUCCGCUCAAGAGUGAAGCAUAUUCGUUUAUCGCGGGCAGCAUUGGCAGUCUCCUGCUGACAGUGCUGUUCAUGCCUGUCUUGUACAUGUUCCCUAAAUUCCUGCGGGGCUUGAAGACGCAACGCGUGGACGUCAACACCAUCGUGCGUCUCACGACAUUCAAUGAGCUGAACCGUAUCCGCGUGUUCUUCCGUUUCCUCUUCUGUGCACCGCUGCUCAUCUUAGGCAUCGACGCCCUAACUACGCACGAGCGCGUCAAUCACAACGAGUUCGGCACGGAGUUCCUCGCGUUCGUUGCGGGGAUAGGCUGCAUGGUCUCAUCCGGCAUCACUCUCGUCAUAUUUUUCCCGCGCUCGAUCCACAACGAAGUAUACGCGCGCAACGCCUCGCGCGACAAGUCGCAGCAGCUGCACACGAUCCAGACGUUCGACCAGUCCGAGCGCUCCUCGUACUUCACGCCCACCUCGCCAGGGCACGACAAGAGCGCGCCGCCGCACACCUUCCAUGUCGCCUCGGGCAAGUACACAUCCGCACGCAACGCGACGCUCGUGAGCGACUCGGAUCCUGCGUUCAUCAAAGCGAGCGCGCUCGACCCCGAGGCAGAUGUGGGCCCGCCGGAGACGACGUUCAAGACAUUCGCGCCGAAUCGCCGUUUAGACUCGGGCGCGACGAUUGAGGGCGGCGUGAGGGUCGUUGGGAUCACGGAGCGCAAUUUGGCGAGGCAUAAUUGGGCGACGUCGAACGUGCAUCCGUUCGUGCAUAACUUCACAUCGCCGAUCGACCUUGUACAGGGAGACAGUUUCCAGGGUAUUCCAAGAUUUACCCGACGGUACCCUUGACUAUUAAUGUUGCUUACACGGAUGGAAUGUACAGGGAAAACGACUCAUGCGCUUGUAAUGUGCGAUAUAUUGUCAUAAUGCUUCACUUUAUCUGUUCUUGCAACGUCGCUUGUUGCAACAGUAUGGCGCACACGUCAAUGGUAAUAGGUUUCGAUGCGUACGCACGGGAGUUGUGC